AUGGAUAAAUUACAAGAAAUAAUAGAAUUUCCAGUGACGAUUCCUAAUCAAAGGAAACCAUAUCAAUUAAUUCAAACGGCAUCAAUAAUUAAUGUUAUAACAUCAUUAAUAAUUGGUAUAAUUACUGAUUCAAUUCAAAAAAUAUGUAUUUCAUUUAUAAUUCAAUUUAUUAUAUUAUUAUUAUUGGUUUCACCAAAUUGGUUAUUUCAAUCGGAACAGUCAUUGGAAUGGUUAACUGUGAAAUUUUGA